AUGGAUGAUCUUCCACCUCCCCAACCAUUCCAAGAGUUAAGUGCUUCUUUCGGAGGAUUUGGCAUUGAAACAACACAUAGAUAUUGGUUAUCUGAAAUCAACGAUGCCACAGAAAACUUUGCUAAAAAAGUUGGUUCUGGGGGCUAUGGGAUAGUGUAUUAUGGAAAGUUGAAAAACGGAAAAGACAUUGCCGUCAAAGUUCAAACCAAUGAUUCUUGUCAGGGAAACAGGCAGUUCUCAAGUGAGGUUUCUCUACUUUCAAGAAUACAUCACAGAAAUCUGGUUGAAUUUCUCGGUUACUGCCAGCAAGAAGGCAAAAGCAUUCUUGUAUAUGAGUUUAUGCAUAAUGGAGCACUGAAAGAGCAUCUUCAUGGGAAAAGAUAAUGAUCCCGUACCCAGAAA